AGAGGGCCUCAUUGACAUGUAAACGAGGGUCCCUAUAAAGGCGGCGCUGCCUCGCACUGGUGCAUGGACUGCAACAUGGGCACGGAGCCUGCUGCCCGGGGCAGCCUCCCCGGCAACUUCCGAAAGAUUUCCAAGCCGCUGAUGGAGAAAAAGCGCCGGGCACGCAUCAAUGUGUCACUGGAGCAGCUCAAGUCGCUGCUGGAGAAACACUAUUCGCACCAGAUCCAGAAGCGCAAGUUGGAGAAGGCUGACAUCCUGGAGUUGAGCGUGAAGUACAUGAGAAGCCUUCAGAACUCCUUGCCAGGGCUCUGGCCAGUGCCCAGGGGAGCCGAGCACCCGUCGGGCUUCCACAGCUGCCUGCCCGGCGUGAGCCAGCUCCUUCGGCGCGGAGAUGAGGUCGGCGGCGGCCUGCGCUGCCCCCUGGUGCCCGAGCGCGCCGCCGGCAGCACCAUGGACAGCGCCGGGCUGGGCCAGGAGGCGCCCGCGCUGUUCCGCCCUUGCACCCCCGCCGUCUGGGCUCCUGCUCCGGCCGCCGGCGGCCCGCGGUCCCCACCACCCCCGCUCCUCCUCCCCGGCUCGUCCGCCAGCGUCCCCCCGCCGCAGCCAGCGUCGAGUCGCUGCGCCGAGAGCCCCGGGCUGGGCCUGCGCGUGUGGCGGCCCUGGUGAAGCCCCGGGGAUGGCCUGAACUUAAGGCGCUCCCUAUUUGGUCUCGCGACACAGGGACUAUUUUCAGCACGCCCACAGUGACUGCCAGGACCCCCCAGUCGUCCGUUCUGGUCUUUGGGCGGGGGUGGUUUGGAGAGGGCCGCGCACCCCGCAAACGCAGAGAAAUACCCCCAGCCCUGCCGGACUGGGUCUGCGCGUCUGGGCAUAAUCCACCCCCACUCCAGCUCCACCUACACACGCCGGACCGCUCGCUCUCCGCCCAUCCUCCGGAGGGGCUGGGAGGGGGUGUCCUGGGCUGCACCCCUUUCCCAGGGACCCCUGGCGGGCAACCCGCCCGCCCCCACCCCCGCCCGGUUGCCGCGCAGCGGUGGGAAUGUCGCAGUUGGCAACAGCGCAGAGCUGACCCCUCGCAGCGAGGAGAAUCGCUGCCCCGCCCCGGACCAUUCAGCGGACAGCGGGCGCCCGGUUCCCACCAGCACAAAACGCGCCUGGCCCCGCCCCGCCGGCGAGGGGCUCCCAGCCUCCCCCAACCCGGGAUCCUCUUGGCUUCCAACGACCUCCUCCGCAAGCGGUACUGCCCACAGAGCUGGCGCACUCCCCGAGGCCCACCCUUCUCAGAAGCCCCGCCCCUAAGAUGCACCGUCCCACCCGGACGCCCCGCCCACGCGGUUCCUGGAAGGGACCCAUUGCUUGGUGGCACCAGCUUGAGGGUUGCAAAAGUGAACCCGGUGCCUGUCGUGGGAGAGGGGAACGCCUUCCGCUCGACAAAGACCCUGGCCCACAUUCCAAGCCCGGACCCCGUAGAACCCGCAGCUCCAGAUCCCUAGGGCUGCCGCAGAAUCCAAACCCUGGACGGCUCUCGGAGCGCGCUGCGCCACUUUAUUGGUCCAUAAUGAGGUCACUGCUGCGCACGGACUUCGGUGGUGGGAGGCUCUCAAGUCAGAUUUUCUUACCCUGGGCUUCUGGCCCAGGAGUACGGGCCAGCGAGGGGCAGCUCGGGUUGUGGGGUCAGAGAUCCUGACACCUCCUCCCGACACCUUGUAAUUCAGAAUAAAGCCAGCGCGAAUCUGUGAAGUCGCUAUCAAGAGGACACCAGAGGUCUAAUAUCUCCCACCCCUGCGAU